AUGGAGCGUCUGAUUCUGAUGCAUAAUAAAUCAGGAGCUUCUCCUCACGAGGUCGUUCUCUCUGUUCCACCAUCUCUUCUUGCUUCUCCGAUUCACGUUGCCGGAAGAGAGCGUGGGAGGAUUGAUAGAUUUAGACGGCCGGUUAGUUCGAAACCAGGGAAUUACAAGUUCCUCCUUGAAGAAGAUGAUUUUCUGCCAAUGGAUUAUGACGCAGUCUGGUCUGAAAUGGAGGAAUGCAAGAGACUCGGGAUUGCAAAGUGUAUAGGAGGCAUUGUUUUGACUGCUUACUCAGUGUUGGGAUCAAGAGGAGCCUUUUGGGGAACUCACAAAAUCAUGGAGUCUGAUGUUCUUACAGAAAUUGCUGACGCCAAAGGCAAAACUGUGGCACAGGGAAAAAAGGGAGUGUGGAUCAAGUUGCCGAGGCAGCUUAUUAGUCUUGCUGAAACUGCUGUUGAGUGCUCGUUGAACAAGAGAAGACAAGACGAUUUUGCAGUGUAA